UACUCUUCACAAUUCUUCUAAGCUUUACCGCCUGCCUUGGUGUUUGGUUAGCGCUGCUGCCAUUGCUUGAAUAUUCAUUUGUGAAAGUCAAAGAUUGUGUGUAUUCAACCUGUUUAUAUUGAGAAACUGAAGAAUGAGUUAUAAAAGUGGAAAGUAUAUUUAUUUUUAUUAUUUUUAUUGUGAUUUUUAUUACAUUAUUAUGUAGAAUGUUGUGUUUUAUUUUAGACUGCCAGUCCAAAUACAUCUGUAACAUUCUAGACAGUUUUUAGAUCAUCAAUACGCUUCGAUAGAAUAUGGAGCAUACAGGAAAUGUGUGUUUUGUCUGUGACAAGACGAUACAUUCUGAGAAAUGGAUGUAUAAGCUUCAAGAGACUGCUACUAAGAAGCGCAAUGUCCCUGUGGUGGACCUCAUCAAGCAACUGGUAGGAGACGAGUACGUAGUGUUUGUGGGUGAACAGGACGCCAUUUGCUCUACAUGUAUGAACAUGCUCAAUCUCAUGGAUUCCCUCACUGCUCAACUGGGGGAGGUGCAGAGUACGCUCUCACACCUCCUGCAUUCCAAGUAUGACUUGGCUUCAGAUACUGUUAAGAUCCAGUAUGAUGAUACAAAAUUAGAAGAAGCUGAACCUAUUCACAAAUGUGAGACUUGCAACUUUGAGACCAAGUAUGAAAAAGAGUUCAACAUGCAUGUGCGUAUUCAUGAAAUCCUUACAUCACCCGUCAAAACACCUCCUAAAUCUGUAGAAUCAAAUAUUUUGCCUAAAGUAAAAUCUUCUAAAAGGAUUAAAGGUAAAAAAUUAAAAGGUUCUACGCCAAGGUCUGUUGCUAAACAGAAAAAAUCUCCUCAGAAAAAAACUCCUAAACAAAAGAAAAUUCCAAAACCAAAGAAGACUAAGGUGGUUUAUCAGUGUAGUAUCUGUGACAAAAUAUUUCCAGAAGAAAGUAAGAUAAGAGAGCAUGCAAAAAAGGAGCAUGGAAAUGAUAAUAUUGUAGUUAGUGAUGAGGAAGAAUAUGAGGAUAUUCAAACCCUAGAGUCAGAUGAAGAAAUACCUAUUAAAAAAUCCCCUGUUAAUAAAAACCUAUCUUCGAAAAAGAAAUUGACUUCAGAAAAAAAGCCACCGCCAGUUAAGAAACCAUCCUCAGAAAAGAAACCACCUUCAGGAAAGAAACAAUCUGCAGAAAAGAAACAAUCCCCAGUAAAGAAACAAUCUGUGGCAAAGAAAUUAUCUUCGGUAAAGCAACAAUCUGCUGAAAAGAAACCUCCUCCAAAAAAGAAACUGCCAAAGAAACAAAGCAAGAAGAAAAUACAGUCUAAUACCAGAAAGAGUGAUCUAGAUUUUCUUGAUGAUUGGGAAGAAGAUGAUGAGAAUGGUGAUAUUCCAUCUCCUAUUAAAAAACCUAAAAUUGAUGUUUCAGAUACUGAGACAACCCAGCGAAAGUCUGUGGACGAGAUUGAAGAUGACGAUAAAGAUAAUGUUACUAAACCUACAUGUAUGUUUUGUAAAGCUACAUUUUCUACAUUUGAAUCGGUUCAAGAUCACAUUAAACUGUCACAUGGUAAGCAGUCUUCUCACUGGAGUGUUGGACCAAAAAUUGUUGCUGCAACACAAGGUAGCAUUGCAAGUUUUGAAAUAGAUUCUACUACUGAUAUUUUGGACAAAAAACCUACGUUGGGUAUUGACAGUAACAAAUCACCCCCAAAAACAUUCAAAUGUAAUUUAUGUGGUAUCAGAAAAGUGUCUCUUCAGUUCAUUCAAAGACACAUUAAAAUACAUAAAAAGAUAUUAUCCCUACAAUGUAAAUUUUGUGGAAUUUUGUGUAAACGUGUUUCUUCAUCGAAAAUUCAUUCUUUUAAGUGUACAAAAAUUGCAUCAAACGCAAAGAAAUGCAUUUAUUGUAAAUUUAAAUUUUUUGAUAAAGUUAAGCUCAAAAAUCAUGUGAAAAAAGUGCAUUACAAUAAGGCAAAGAUAGAUCCCAGACGAGAUAUCAAAAAUAACACUCAUCCAUCAAAAAUUGUGCAAACCCCAGUUGUAAAAGCCAGCAAUAGUAAGAAAAUAUCAUCUUCUAUGAAUGCUUUGGAAAUAAGCAUUAGUGAGGUGUCAUCUACAAGUUUUUAUACUGAAAAAACUUUGGAAAAGGAAAACCCUUCUGUGAAUACUGACAUAAGCGAUGAAGGAAAACAAAAAGAAGAAUUUCAAUCUAGCACACAUUUAUCUCGUAAGAAAGUAGUACCAACAUGUGAAGAAUGUGGAAUUACGUUUCUGAAGCAAAGUACACUUAUAGAUCAUAUGAACAGACAUAAAGCAAAAACUUGUUGGAAUCUAGGUAUAUGUAUUUAUUGCAGCAAACUGUUUGUUGACAAAGAACAACUUGCUUUACAUACUGAUCUUAUCCACUCAAAUUUUAAAAGUAAACCAGCACUUUGUGAACCUUGUUGCAAAACUUAUUUACAUGGGAAAGAUUUGAAAAACCACUUCUUAAAGAUGCAUUUCAGUGAAAAGACUGAGAAACUUAUGAAGCAAAUGAGUGAACAUACUUUGACGAAUGACGAUGAUAAUGAUGUUUACAGUAAAGUUUUCAAAGAGUUGCAGUCGAUAACUGGAGAAGGAAAUGAAAGUGAAGACUCAUUGGUAGGCUGUCAGACCUUUCAACUCAGUUAUUUUUGUGCUGUCUGUACUUUCUCUUCUACAGAUAAAAAUGUUUUGCAAAAUCAUUUCAAGUCGCAUAAACAAAAUUAUUGUGACAUCUGCCAAAACCUUUUCCUCUCUGAAACAUUUAUCACUCAUAUUGAAAACCACAGUAUAGAAUUUCAGAGUAAGAAGUGUGUAGAGUGUGGGGAUAAAUUCCAUGAUGAUAUCCAUUUACGUUUUCAUUACCAGAUGUCACACGAAAUGAAGCCUUUCAAGUGCAGUAUGUGUGUUAAAACCUUUAACAACAAGAAGACUUUGGUAAAGCACGAGUCCACAAUGCACAGGAAAACAUCCAGACCAGUCUAUUUUUGUAGCGAGUGUCCAAAAAGUUUUCAUUCAGAAAAGCGAUAUCAGAUCCAUGUGGGAUUUGCUCAUCGUCCCAUUAUGAACUGUAAAUAUUGCGAUAAAUCUUUUACAGAAGUAAAUAAAUUGGCUUUUCAUGAAAGACAUCAUCUAAAGCAAGUAAAGAGCAUCUAUAAAUGCAAUGUUUGUGGAAAAGUGCUAAAAUCACAAUCAGCUCUUAAAACUCAUAAGAACAAUCACACAAGCAAUAACUCUAUGCAGUGUGAAGUUUGCGAGCAAAGUUUUAAAUCCUUCCAUGCUCUUAGAGAACACAUGGCAAAACAUUCAGAGGAACAAGAAAAGAAAUACUUCUGUGACAUUUGUGGGAAAGGGUUCUAUUUUUAUGAUUCUCAUGCACGCCAUCGAAGGGUGCAUUUGGAUCCUCUUCUCUUUAGGUGCAGACUCUGUAGUGAGCGAUUUCAAACCAAGUUGAAGCUAAUAGAACACAAGAAAAGCUGUAAAGUUGUUGCCAAAUGUGAUAAAUGUCUUGAAUGCUUUGACACUAUUUCUGAUUUGAAGAAUCACGUGUGCCUUUUUGAUGAUAACUCUGUUGCCUUAUCGUAAUGGUAGGUAAAUUUAGUUAAAACACAAUGUUGAUACACAGAUGUCAUGAGCAACAUAAUUUCAUAAUAUUAAGCCUCCCUUUUCAUAAGUUGAAUUAAAAAUAUAUUUUGUACCAAGCUGUAUAAAAACUAAAAUAUCUUUGAAAGUAGAGAACAAUAGGCAAUACUCAUAUAAAAAAAUUAAGAUGAAAUGAAGAACUUAAGAACAUAAAUUUCUUUAACAUAGGCAACCUGUUUAAAUAUAAUUGCUAGUUUUACUAUAUAGGUGUACAAUGUGUAAAUUGUAUUUUAUGUUCUCAAGUUCUUGUUGUAUAUUUUAUUGAAAUACAUCAUAUUUCACUGCCAUUACUAAACUACAGGUUUUAUUUUAAAAAGCAACUAUCUUAUUAUUUAAUUAAACAAAUUAUUUGUUCUGUUUGAAAUUUUAUUUUUCAGCAUUAGAAAUAAAUAUUAAAAAAUAAAUUUGUACAGCGUAUUUAUAUAUUGCAUUUUAUUUUCUGAAAUGGUUCUUUUAAUUGUGUAGGAAAUUUAUGAAAACUACCUACGAUGACUUUUUUAAUGUUGUGUAUUUUUUAAAUUGCAAAUGAAUAUUUUUAGUACAAUUUUUAUUCUUUGUUGUUGUGAAAGUGGGUGCUUGUUAUUGAAGUAAGAGACAUAUGGAAGCAAACCAGAACCUAGUAGGUUGCUACUCUAGGGCAAGGCAUAUAAUCAAUUCAAUCAAGUGUAGGGAAUAUGAACUUUUAUGCCAAACCCAAAAGAAACAAAAUUCAUAAACCUUAAUUGAUGUUUUUCUUCAUUUGUAUUACCAGAGAUGCCUGCAUAAAUACAAGACUGCAAUAUGAUAAAUUAAUAAUUCUCACCAUGAUAUAGUUUGUUUUAUUUGUAAUGGAACUAUUAGUUAGAGAUUGCUGACCUUCACCUUGAACAAGCAUACAAUCAAUCAUACCAUGCUUGAAUUACAGUUAAGAAUUAUGGUAAUUAUAAUGUUCCCUUGUAUUUCUGCUCUUUUUCUUUAUAUGAAUGUCAAGGUUUUAAGGCGUUAUACUGUUUAUUUCAUUUGAGAUACAGUUAUUAAUUUAAAGAUAUAUCAACUAAAAGAGAAGAAGCCCCCAACAGUUUUUGAUGUUUCCACAAUUGUUUAACAUGAGUAUCAUUCAUUAUACAUCCAUUUGCUAAAUGAGUUCUUCCAAUGCAUUGACAAAUGUUUCUAGAGUUAUUUUACUAAUGUUCAACUCUAAUCAAGUUGGAUGGCAUCAUAGGAACAUAAUCAUACAAUGUUGAAAAUCGCUUGGCAUUAGAUUUGGAACAUGAAAAGGCCAUACAGAACAAGCCAUUUCAACUGCCCACAUUGGCCAAUUGAGUUACUUGGUACUUAAUUACGCCAUUGUAUCAGCACCAUUUUGCUGUUAAGUUCAUUUUCAGCUAAUUGGGGAAAGAGCCAUAGUGGUAGCACAUCAAGAUAACAAAAUAUGACACAAGAAAACAUUUCAAUGCUACACUGACGCACUCCACCUUCAGUAAUCACAUCGUGCUUAUAAACUUCACAGAGUUGACGAUAAAUCUCAGUUGGUUUAUUUUGCUCAGCCAACAAAACCAUAUUAUUGACUGCACUUCAAAACUCGUGGGAUUUUCAAUUGUCACAUAUUUUAAAACAACAAGGAGCAACAGUAACCUCUCACUAGCACGGCUGGAUAUUCAUUGAACAGAGAAACACCCUGACAUCAAAAUGGCCUCAAUAGUCCCGCCUCUAGCGGCUACAGAGUGAAACGUAAUCUACACACUACUCAGAUUUUAAAAAUAAAAACAUGUUAAUUUUUAGUCUGGCUCUAGCUAAAUGUUAAACAAUAGGAAUAUUGUCUAUCAUCAGUCUUGUUUGAAUAAGUAAAUAAAACAUUGCUGACUAGUUGAGAGUAUCAGCUCUACAUCCUGUAUUAGAGUAGGCGCUGCUGGCACUGCAAAAGUGGUCGCAUUUGUGCAAAUUUAUUGGAAUGAUUAUAAAUUCUGUGUAAACUUACAUGCAGUUGUGUAAUAGUUCUAAAACUAAAAUUAUCUAAUGAAAAGGGAUAGGUUCAAAACAUUGCUGUGUGGUCUUGUUCUGUGUAUUUUUCUUAUUGUUUUCAUGAAAUUUGGCAUACAAAUUUUAAGACAAGUCACUAUUUUCAACAAGUGAAAAUACUUGUUACAAAUUUUAGCAGCAGGUUAGGUUAUAGCGAGAUAAAUAUUCAAACCAAAUUACUAAAGUAUUUUAGAGUUUUAAAAUGAAAAUACAGGCAGAUACUAAGCAAAGUUAGGUAGGACAGUAUGAUCUUAAGUAACCCUUUUGUUAAUUCUAACCCAUUUAGUAAUUUCCCAAAAUUGUGUGUUUUUGGGUAUGGAGCUAAAAAUCAGUGUAAAAUUGUUCAAACAUCUUGUUAUGAAUGUGUAAUAGGCAGAUUUCUAAGAAGUCUAUCUAAAAGUAGUAAGCAAAGAUAUUUUUCUAAAUUUAUAGUUAAAUGGUUUGUCAGUGAAAAAGUGUCUGGAGGAAAAGGUUGAGCUUGCAGUAAGUGAAGAAGUAAAACUUGCUGAAGCACAAUUGUGGUGGGCAAUAGAUUUACAAAUAUUAAGCUCAAUAAAUGCAAAGCUAAUUUAUAAUUACUGUUAGAACCUUUUGCUUUCAUAUCCUUACACUAAAACAUUUGCUAUAUCUAUGUGGCUUUUUAGUUAAAAAUGUUAAAACUAUCUCAAACCUAGUUUCAGGCGAAGUUAAAGCUCUUAUAUCAUAGACGUUAUUGAAAACAUUAACCUAAAA